AAUUUAAGAGCCUGAUUUGGCAUGUAAGGAAUUAAAUAUGAGGCCAGUGAACUGAGAAUUUAAAUGGUUAAUUCAGCAAUCCAAAAUACACUUUCUGGAUAAAAUGAGUUCCCACGAUGCAGAAUGGUGUUGAAAGGCUCUGGUAUCAGCACAACCGUCAGCAGUCAGGUCAAAUAUUAACUUGUGUUCUGCUGACAAGAUGCUGCCAGCACUUCCUUAUUAGUGGAAACAGUUGAAAGUGUGUGUGUCCAGAUGUCGUGCUAAUGGAGAAGAGGAGUUUGAUCGUUACCCAAGCAACCCAUAAAUCAAAGCCCCAACCUCUAUGGUACCCUGACCAAUCAGAGAAAGCAUUCACUCAAGAUUUUUUACCUUUGGAGGGUUAUCCAGUUAGAGCUGUCACACGUUUCUGUGAUUUAAAACUGUCUGGAAGAGCACUCUAAUAGCUGUUUCUAAUUUACUUUAAAUUUAAUUUUGACUAUUUGCUAUUCACUCUUUUGGUGGAGAAUGCCCCGACCUGCAGUUAAUGGAAGCUGUCUUCGGUGGACAAUUCAUGAAAUCGGCGUAUUUUAUCCAGACUUUUAUUGUUAGUCCUUUCUGAAGUGAUUAACCUCUUUUCUGAGUUUGAGCAUCAGUGUUUGGGUCCAUUCCGGUGCUGGUUGAUGGCGAGUUUCCAGUUGGUGCGCGUUAAAGUGAGCUGGACAACACUUUUGACCCUGGCCCACUUCACAUACCUGCUGGUCGGGGCCACCAUCUUCCAGAUCCUGGAGCGAGAGGCUGAGAGCAAGAACCGAAUACACUUCCAAAUCGAGAAGUUGAACUUCUUGGCUAAUUACACCUGCCUGGAUGGACCAGCCUUGGAGACGUUUGUUCAGGUGAUUUUAGAUGCCUGGGAAAGGGGAGUUAAUCCCUCAGGAAAUUCAACAAACCCCAGCAACUGGGACUUCAGUAGCUCCUUCUUUUUUGCAGGCACAGUAGUGACAACUAUAGGCUACGGCAACCUCUCCCCAAGCACGGUAUCUGGUCAAGUGUUUUGUGUGUUUUACGCUCUGUGUGGAAUCCCACUGAACCUGGCCUUCCUCAAACAGCUGGGGAAGUGUCUCACCAUCCACCUGGGCCACCUGGAGAGGGGAAUGGUCUCAGUUGUUCCACACAAGCAAACAGUUGAGGCUCUGGCAGUGAGCUUGUUCUUCAUCACAGGCAGCGUGCUGUUUUUGGUCAUCCCUCCUCUGCUGUUUAGUUACGUGGAAGGCUGGACAUUUGGCGAGGGCUUCUAUUUUACCUUCAUUACCCUCAGCACCAUUGGUUUUGGAGAUUACGUAGUGGGGACUGACCCAGGCAAGCAGUACAUCUCUCUGUACCGUAGCCUUGCAGGCAUAUGGAUCAUCUUUGCCUUGGCUUGGCUUGCUCUUAUCCUCAACAUGGGAGCCAGAAUAAUGGAGCAUGCGAUUGGCCUCACUCACCCAGGCUUUAAAAAACAAGAGGACGAUGAGAAUGUGCCAUCCAGUGAACUAGAAGACACGUCAAAGAUCUGACAAUGGACCUUAGACGGGACUUUCUACAUGUAAUAUUCACUAGGUAGAAUAUAUUGUAACUGUUCUCUGUACAUAUUAUCACACAUGGUACACUAAGAAAACAGUAGUGGCAUUUUGCAAAAAGCUGCUAAAAGAUGUGUUCCGCAACAUAUUUAUUCCUGUUUAAAUUCUUUUUUUCGAUUUUUUGUCUCGUCGAGAAUUGGUUUCAUACAUUACACAAUAAGCCGGGGAAACAAUACAGGUUUUUUGUUUGAGAAUUCUACCUCCACCAAGCUGAAGAGUCAGUGCAAGAUGAAGACCGGGAGGAGCAAGGGGAGGAGGAGGGUUGUGCUCAUAGCCUGAACUGACUACCAAGCAGCAUAGAGAGACAGCUUCAAAACAGGGAUGUCAUGAUGUGAUUGGCUUGUGAAUUUAAGGCCACUUCUGAUUGGUUAACGUAAAAGUGAACGCAUCUACAGCUGUUCAGUUUUAGAAAAUAGUAAAAUGUGAUUUAGUUUAGAAGUAUUCCUGCCUGAAUUUACGCUGAGCUCAAUUUAGAAACAAUGAUUUAAACUACAUCUGCCUAAUUUUUCAUUUUUUAAACAAGAUUUGACCGAGAUGUUAUUCUGCAAAAUAUUACUUAUAUAAUUGAUACUUAUUAUAAAGUCUAAACAUGAAA